GGUGUAAAAAAUGUCAUCACAAAACCAACCUGAAGUCAAAGUUAAGGGAAUAGACAGAAAAUUAAAACAGUCAGAGAUUGAUUUUAUGAAAAUAAUUGAAGAACAGAAUUUGCAGCGUGUAUUGAAACUGAAAAAAACUCGCAAGAAUAAUUUGUUAGUCGGUGCAUUGCUUGGAUUUGGAGUAUUGGGUAUCUACGGAUAUUCAAUGUUUGCUGUCCAACAAGAAAAAUUCCUUGACGACUUUGAAGAACCAUUAAAGGAAGAAAUUAAACAAUAAAGUAACAUAUUUAAAUUUUUAAUUCAUCCAGUCAUGGCAGCGAGUGUUGUAAAAAGCAUUAUAAAAAGUUCACAUCGUCUCCCACCACUACCAACAAUUCGUGAUCUUAUUCGUUUAUUCAAAUUACGUGCACUGAAGCAGUUUUCACAAAAUUUCCUUAUGGAUCAGCGUUUAACUACCAAAAUUGUAAAAUCCGCUGGUAGAAUUACAGAUGGAUUGGUUUUGGAAGUUGGACCCGGACCAGGAAGCAUAACAAGAUCAAUUUUAGAGCAAUAUCCAAAGCAUUUAGUUGUCGUUGAAAAGGAUAGAAGAUUUAUUCCCAGUCUUGAGCUUUUAGCUGACGCAACAAAAGAUUUGGUUCGAAUGGAUAUAGUGAGAGAUGAUAUUUUAUUAUAUCAGUGCGAACAUGCCUUUCCUGAACAUCCAAAGGUAGAAUGGGAAGAAGAUAAAAGACCAAAUAUUCAUUUAAUUGGAAACUUACCAUUCGCUAUAUCAACAAGAUUGCUUAUCAAUUGGCUUAAAGACAUCAGUUUGAAACGAGGUGCUUGGACUUAUGGUAGAAGCACAAUGAUUUUAACUUUUCAAUUGGAAGUGGCUGAAAGAAUUAUUGCUCCCAUUAGCAGUGAUCAAAGAUGUCGUCUUUCAGUGAUGUCGCAAAUUUGGACAAAGCCAUUAUUGAAAUUCACAAUUCCUGGCGGAGCGUUUAUUCCUCCACCGAAAGUUGACGUCGGUGUUGUUACUUUAAUACCACUUAAAACACCCUUAACGACUCUUCCAUUUGAUCUUGUUGAGAAAGUUUUGCGUUACAUCUUUUCGAUGCGUCAGAAAUAUGUACGUCGAGGUAUUGCCAAUUUAUAUCCUCCAAAAGUUCAGGAAGAGUUAACUCAAUUAACCUUUCAAAUGGCCGAUGUUGAUCCACUUUAUCGAUCAUUUCAAUUGUCGAAUGAGGAAUGCUUAAGACUUGCUGAAAGUUAUAAGAAAAUUAUAGAUGAAAAUUCUGAAUAUGCUGAUUACAAUUAUCGUGCUCCAAAGAGUGAGCGGCUUGAGAUGAUGUAGUUUUUAUUUGUCAUUAGAAUUCAGAAUUAAUAAAUUAGUCAUACGAUAAGUCAUCAAAUCUUUUAUUUUGAAAAAUAUUAUUUGAACAUUUUGCUUUGUUAUUUAGAUUUCCAUCACACAAUUCAAUAAGCAGGAGAUGGCAUUUGUUCGUCAUUUAAAGCAGCUAACAGAUUAGUCACUACCAGCUUUGCCAUCAAGUCGCGUGUUCCAACUGUCGCUGAACCUAAAUGAGGCGUUAUUGUGCAAUUCGGUAUUGUUAACAAAGGAUGAUCUGAUGGCAAUGGUUCCGGUGUCAUCACAUCGAUACCAGCAGCAAAAAUUUUCUUAUUUUUCAAGGCAUCAUAAAGUGCUUCUUGAUCAACAACAUCACCUCGUGCAACAUUAAUUAAGACACUUGUUGGUUUCAUUCUCCCAAACACUUCAGCAUUGAACAUUUUUCGUGUUUCAGUAGUUGAUGGACAAAUGAUGAAUACAAAAUCACUUUUUUCUAUCAAUUCAUCAAAUGUUACAAAUUUUGCAUUAAAUUUAUCUGCUUCGGGUUUUUUGUUAUGGCCACAAUACAAAAGUUCACCAACAUCAAAUCCAGUUAAUCGCUUGGCAACUGUUUGUCCAAUAGCACCGAAACCAACAAUUCCUACAGUUGAUCCCUUAAUGUCGAAUCCUAAAUUCCAUUGCAGCUUUAAUUGCCAUUCGCCAGCUUCAAGUUUCUGCCUUCCUUCUAAGAAUCGUCUGCUUGUAGAAAUGAGAAGUCCCAUCGCAAUGUCAGCUGCGGUAUCAGUCAAAACAUUUUGAGUGUUUCCAAGUGGAAUUUUUCGACGUUUCAAUUCAUUGACAUCAAUAUGAUCAAUUCCAAUUGAAAACGUUGAAACUGCCUUUAACUGAGGUCCAAUCGUGUCAAGAAUUUCUUUAUCAAGCUUUGAGUAAACCCAGAAAAUUCCAUCCAUGCCUUUGCAUUUUGACAAAGUUUCUUCUCGUUCAAUUGUGUCGCAGAUUGUUACAUCGCAAUAUUCAUGCAGCACAUUUAAAGCUGCUUCUGGGCAAUCCCAACAUUGAACUAACACUUUCGGUCGCCAUCCUUUAAAAUCAAACUUUCUGAUUGGUAUUAAUAACGAACGUAAAGCCAUGACUGAAUUUUCUAUUUUUUUCUUGCUUUAAUUAGCGUUUAAAGAGCUUAACUUUAAUCAGAAUUGAUAACAAUUAUGAAAAUAAUGUAAUCAGGGAGCAUUCGCUCAACUGAGUACACUGAAAUGAUUUAAAUUAUGCUGAUCAGUGACAAAAUUUAGAAUUUGAUUUUUGUAAUUUUUGAUGAAAUU